AUGGAUGCCAGCACGCUCACUGAACCUAGAUAUCUCUACGACCGCCUGCCAGCAGGUGAGGUCCCCAAGGACAUCCUCGUCCUCAAGGACUGGUACUUCACGCGCUGCAAGAACCUGCGAGACGCCAAGGUCCUCCAGGGCGUCUACAACACUCUCAUCCUCGACCUCGGCGUGACACCAGAGGAGAUGUACAAGUGGAAGAAGGACCGCGCCCUCGGCUACAGGAUCGCCAAUUUCUUUGACAACCCCUUGAACGAGGACAAGAUUGCGAAGGAGCGCAUGAAAUGGGUCAAGAAGAACAAGCACAUCUGGGGCAGCACCAUCCAGAACUAUGAUACCUCCGUCUUUGCGUUUACGCAGGACGACCACGAGUUCUUGAGGAGCCGGUGGCCUAAAGAAUGGAAGCGGUACUCCGUUGCGCAGAUUGAGUGGGCGUUGGAGAUUGAGCUGGAGCAGGCGAGGCGGUUUUUGCCCAAGAAGCAUGAGAGGAGCAUACGGGAGGAGAAUUGGAGGUGGUUGUUUGGGGUGGAGAGGUGGGUGAGCAAGAUUGCUUUUCUGGCGUUCGAUGCGUCUGGGACGGAUUGCGAGAUUGCUUGGAAGGAGUGA